AUGAACUCGAACCAAACGGUAGUUCAGACAUACAAUAAGACAACCUACCUGAACUGCACCACUGAUUAUUCCGACAAUGGAACCUUCGUGUACAACGGCGGAAGCCGUGGUUUCGGCGAAGCAUUGACCGUCAUUGUUCCGUUGACCAUAGUUGGACUGAACUACUUCUUCUCCGACGCCGGCGGUGGUGUGCAGUGCCAGCGCAGCUUGGCCUUCGAGAUCGACGUCCAGCGCGGCCUCAGCUUGCCGCCGAGUCUGAACCAGCCGCCAUACCAGGAGCCUCCGGGUCCCGACGCCACUCAAUCUUCGUCGAUCACGGUGGCGCAGUCUCCCAGCAGUGGCACUUUCGCGAGGUGGAGCUCCUCGGCGGAGAUGAGGUCGUUUCACUAG